CAUGUUACAUCUAUCACUGUGGUUAUCCGAGGGGCCCUCCGAAGUACAGCAUGUGCUGCGAGUAUCAAAAACAUCUCUCUUUGGGAAAGUCCAUGUUGCUCUUGGACGGCUCAUCUUCUCUACCGUGUGCUUGUCAGUGUGACUGACUAACCUUUUGAUCUAUGUGUUUUUCUGAGCAUCUCCCUUUUUCUCGUUAGUCCACCUCACCGUUGCCCGAAUGCCUGUGGAUGUUUAUGUUUCAGUGUGUGUUUUUGUCUGCGUGUCGGUGGGUGUUUGCGUCCUGUUGUCCGUGUUCCCCGGCCUGAUAGCGCCGGUGUCUGACAGCCCCUGUCCUGUGUUACCACAGCAUAAGCUGAAGUCUUCGCAGAGGGACAAGGUACGGCAGUUCAUGUCCUUCACGCAGGCCGGGGAGAAGACGGCCGUGUACUGCCUCACGCAGAAUGACUGGAAACUAGAAGUCGCCACCGAUAACUACUUUCAGAAUCCAGAGCUUUACUGCAAGGAAUCCAUGAAGACCUCAGUGGACCGAAAAAAGCUGGAGCAGCUCUACAACCGCUACAAAGAUCCCCAGGAUGAAAACAAGAUUGGCAUCGAUGGGAUCCAGCAGUUUUGCGACGACCUGUCACUGGACCCGGCCAGCAUCAGCGUGCUGGUGGUCGCCUGGAAGUUUCGAGCCGCCACUCAGUGCGAGUUCACCAAGAAGGAGUUUCUGGACGGGAUGACGGAGCUCGGGUGUGACAGCGUAGAAAAACUCAAGGCCCUUUUGCCAAGAUUAGAGCAGGAGCUUAAAGACAGCGGGAAGUUCAAGGACUUUUACCAGUUCACUUUUAAUUUUGCCAAAAAUCCCGGACAGAAGGGCCUCGAUCUGGAGAUGGCCGUAGCCUACUGGAACCUGGUUCUGUCAGGACGAUUUAAGUUCCUCGAUCUCUGGAACAGAUUCCUUUUGGAGCACCAUAAACGAUCCAUCCCCAAAGACACGUGGAACUUAUUGUUGGACUUUGGAAACAUGAUCGCAGACGACAUGUCGAACUACGACGAGGAAGGGGCGUGGCCCGUCCUCAUAGACGACUUCGUGGAAUUCGCGCGACCAAUUGUUACAGGAUCAAAACGCAAAACUCUCUAAGUCCGGCCCUCACUCUGGAGAACCAGAACGUAUCUUUUACAGUGACAUCAUGAUUUUUUUUAAGACUUGUACAAAAGAGAAAAAAAAAAGUUUGAAAAUUGUAGACUUUGAAGAGGAAACAGAAGCACCUGAACCCGUCGGGGGAAGCCGCCCGUCGGGGGAAGCCGGGCGGAACGACCGGCGGCAUUUUCCCGUCCUCUGGUUGGCCGAGGCGCCGGACGGAGGUUUGCCAGGUUUCUCGGGAUCCCGGACGCCCCUGGGCUUUGCUCGGCGGCCCUGCGGGGGGACGCAGCGCCGACAGGAGGCCCCCACCCCCCCCACAGUCGGCUCCGAGCGGCUGCGCAAACAUCCCACGUCCCGCUCCGAGCUGGGGACGCGAGUGCUCGCCACACCAGCACCAACAGAACUGUUGCAGUUUUUACUGUACAUACUGUAUCUAUCGGGACAGUUUACAAAGAGAACUAUAUGAAGAAUAAUAUAAAUAUGUUCAGUUUAUAAAAUGCAAAAAGAUGAUUGUUUUAUGUACAGUAAAUGCUAAGAUCUCUAUCAGGAUGCCUCAGUGUUGUGGAUGAUGCGCCGUUGGUUUUAAUCGUUUGGUGGAUGUCGAGUCAUGGAAUUGUGAGCUUCUCAUCGAAAGCAUGUUAAACCCAUUUUACCAGCCGUCUCGGGCUGGUUUCACUAAUAAAUAUUCACUUAAGUAAAAGACAGUGCUUUAAUUUAGAUAAUUGAUGCUGAUUGGUGGUAUUCACUUGUCUGAGGAACCUCAGUUGAUGUAAGAUAGUCGGUCCCUCCCAUCGUUUCUUUCUGAGAAACAAAAAAGUCAAAAGCAUCAAGGAAAAAAAUAAAAAAGGUUUUGUUUUUAUCAGUUUA